UCUGGGCGAAGCCAGCCGUUCCAGCCGCUUCAUACGCGAGCAGAAAGGCGCGUUCCCGCACCGCGGGCACGCGGGUGUGCGCGGCCCUGUGCGCCUAACCGGGCGCGCGCUCUGCCUCUUUCCACCGGAGACCACGACCUGCGGAGGAGAUCCACGGACUCUCGUAAUCCACCGGCACUCACUCCGGGGGAUCCGUGCCCCUGAGGCCACGGCCGACCAGCCGCACAGGAUUUUCCCCGCCCGCCACUCCUUUAGUGCGAGUCAGAGGAAGGGCAACACGAAAUGUCAUUACAUCAGCCGCCUAUGUAACAGAAUUGGACUGUAAUAAUUCACCAUGGCUUAUGGCUUGCCAAGAAAGAACACAGUGAAAACCAUUUUGCGGGGUAGUUGUUAUAAUGUACAGGAACCUUGGGAUCUUGCUCUGCUUACAAAGACCUGGUACAAUAACCUAGCCAACAUCAAGUUGCCUUUCUUGGAAGAAAUUGCAUUUGGUAGUCCCAUACAGCUCAAACUAUUUGCAACCAAGAAGGAUAAUCUGCUCCCCUCAGUGGAAUCCAUCAACCUCGAAAGGAAGUAUGAAAUGAAGCGCCUAAAUAACCUUAAAUGUCAGAAAAACAUGUCUGAGGAAAUUCGGUGUUCCCUAAGGGACAGGCCAGUUGGGUUGAGAAGACCAAUUCCACCUAAGUGACAGUCAUCUCAGAUGAAUCUGUACUGUUUUUUUUCUGCAUCUGAAGGGGAUGAAGGGCUUCAGACUUUUCACUGUGUAAAGCUCAGUGCAGAUGCACGAAUGCCUGCUGGUGUCCAGGGUGCAGGGCUUCGGUUAGUGGACAGCUCUGACAGAUCUUCUGGGUCCCUGCCACACACUUUUUCCUUUGUAUCGCAAGCUACAGCACUGUAAGCAGAUGAAAAUGCAGCUGGAGUUGAGUCAUUGGUUGUAUUCAUUUUGAUUUUUGUAAAAUUGAGAUAAGGGAAGAGGAAAUGCCUUGUCAGAGGCAUUAUUUUGAAGAGACAUUUUGAAUUUGCAUCUUUGAGAUUCCAAAAAGGGACAAAAGAGAAGGCAAGAGACAAAUUCUUUUAAAAUGAUUAACUGUGAAAACUUUACUUGGUUAUGAAAAAUUAAUUUUAGUAACCCUCCAGUUUCCAAUUUUCAAAGAAGCAUCAUUUAUUUUUCUCAGGUGGUACUUUUUAAAAUAGCAAGUAGAAACUAUUUUUUUGUUCUCAUAAAAAAUUGUCUUUUCCUACUGCCUCAUUUCAUAUUUUCUCUCUGGGAUGCUCCUGGGACAUGUGGAGUGCACAAACAUAUAUGAAAGUGACAUGAAAAUACAAAGAAGGCCUUAUUAGGGGGAAAUUCUUAUUUGCCCAGAAUGGCUAGGAAAUGGGAAAGCUGAUUAACUGGGAAAAUACUGGAUUUGGGUGAACCAAUUUCCCUAGAAUUUGAAUCCAAUAAAACACACUGGGUAUUAAAGCUAUACUGAAACAUAAUUUAGCAUUUCUUAGAUGAUCCAAUAGGCAUUUUAGGAUCUUCUGGUAUCUUGAUUUCAUUAUGAAAAGCACUAUGGCAUAUCAUUUAAGAGUUUAGACCUGGCUGCCUUUAAACCCCAGCUUGGUUUGUAGUGGGGUGACCUCAAGUAAGUAACUUUAUGUCUCUGUGCUUCAGAUUUCUUUUGUGUAACGUAGGGAUAAUGUUGGUACCUCCUGCAUAGGGUUGUCAAGAGGAGUAAAUGAAAACUGGUACACAAUGAGAUUUAUGCUAGUGUUAGCUAUUGCUUGUAUUGCUUGAGAAUAGAAGUCUUAAGUUUUCAAAACUUUGGUUUUGUUCUUGUCAAUGUAUGUACACCUGCCAGACAC